GCAUUUCAUUCAUCAAACAAAUCAAAGCAAAAUAUAAACCUUGUAUUUACUACUUACAUUCCAAAUCAUCAACAUAAAGUUCAAGAUGACGACUAUUGAGAUGAGAGUUCACAUGGAUUGUGUGGGAUGCGAGAGCAGAGUCAAAGCUGCCCUUCAAAAGAUGAGAGGAGUGGAUGAGGUAGAAAUCGACAUGGUACAGCAGAAAGUGACUGUAACUGGCUACGCCGAUCAGAAGAAAGUUCUGAAGAAAGUUAGAAAAACCGGCCGGCGAGCUGAGCUAUGGCAGCUUCCCUUUAACCCUGACCACAGCUCUCUCCUCGGCGGAGGUAGCAAUAGCACAAACGGUGGUUACUUCUACAACCCUCAUGGCUGCAACGGGCCUAUCAACCACCAUGCCCCGGUCCCAGGUUCUUCUUACAAUUACUACAAACACGGUUACGAUAGCAACGAUUAUUCAUCUUACCAGAACCACCCUGUUCACGCCUCUAUCUUCAGCCACCAAGCUGGUUCUAAGUUUAGCGAUGAGAAUCCUAAUGCUGCUUGUUCUGUUAUGUGAUGUGAUUUUUUUUUUUGCUUACUACUUAUAUGGUACGAGCGUAAGUAUGUAAUCAUCAUCAAGUUCCUUACUUCAAAAAACUAUGUAUUCCUUUUUUUGUGCUUAUGUAAUGUAAGGUAGCUUAAGC